CCACUUUCCUCGACAGAUGAUGGAAAGAAAGACGGACAAAGGAAUUUGCAGAUUUCAAUUCAGCUGAGCAGCUUCGCCUGGCAGUGGCAAUCAAGCACUUAGUACUUGGGGAGGCGCAGAUUGAGAGAGCAGCCAAUUGUUGCACGUGAGGCUGAUCUGCAAUUUGUUCAUAAUACAAGACCGAAUACCAAGCCUAAGGGGCAGACCUCUCAUUCAGCACAUUGCAAGGAGAUUGUCGGGCCAAAACAACCCGAUAGAAGGGAUCAAAAGGUGGACAUUGGAACAGAAUUAAAGCAGAAUCUCACAGCGACCAUCCAGGAUCUGCCACGAUGAAUGACGCCGAUGUAUCCAAGCAGAUCCAGCAGAUGGUGCAAUUCAUAAAACAGGAAGCAGAGGAAAAGGCCAAUGAGAUCGCGGUUGCAACAGAAGAGGAAUUCAACAUCGAGAAAUUGCAGCUGGUAGAAGCAGAAAAAGCAAAGAUCCGCAAGGAGUAUGAGCGGAAGGAGAAGCAAGUGGAGACCAAGAAGAAGAUUGAGUACUCCACACAGCUGAAUGCUGCUCGCCUGAGGCUCCUCCAGGCACAGGACGACAUUGUGAAAUCUGUCAAGGAACAGGCUGAUAAGCAGCUGGCUACAGUUGGAACAGGCGACUCGUACAAGAAUCUGCUGCAAGGGCUUAUUCUGCAGGGGCUGCUGAGGCUAGAGGAGGAGUCCGUACAACUUCGUUGUCGUGAAGCUGACCUGAAGGUAGUUCAGUCUGUCCUCGACCCGGCAAAGAAGGCUUAUGCGGAGAAGACCGGGAAGAAGGCCACCAGCAUCAACGUGGAUUCAAGCACGUUCCUCCCACCGGCCCCGAAGUCUGGGAGUCAUGAUCCCGCUUGCAGUGGCGGAAUUGUGAUUGCCUCGAAGGACGGGAAGAUUGUUUGCAACAACACGCUGGAUGCCAGGCUCGAGAUCUCUUUCAACCAGAACCUGCCAGCCAUCAGGAAGGCUAUGUUUGGAGGACACGAGCGCGCUUGAGCAUGGCACUCGUAUUCCAGGUAAAGCUUGACAGUUGGGCUGCCUGAGCAGGCAGUAACUGACAAGGUGACCAACAAUUCUUGCUAGAGCCUCUAGCUUGUCGUACAUACUCAAAGUUUCCAGGAACAGUGCCUGCUCUAACGUUCAAGAUGGGUGGCAGAAUCGUAUAGUCUACGUGUUGGUCCUUCCUUCAGAUCCUUAAGAAUAUCCUAUGUGAAACUAAGACGAGAGUACUUAACGACCAACAAGGAGGUUCAUUCUCGCUAUUGCUUGUUUCAUACACCUUACAAAUGUUUCUUUGAUCUCUCUUCUUGCUGGAAUUCGGACAUUAACCACAAGAGCGAGAUGGAAGACAUUCCCAUGAGGAUUGGCGGUCAGACCAAUUUCUGACUCUGCAGCCGGUCCUCUUCAAACAUGCAUUAUUGUCCUCU